AUGAUGCAAGGAAUAGCGGACAGUUUGAUCAUAUCUGGCAGUAUCGAAGGUGUGAAUUGUGACAUGGUGAUAGAUACGGGAUCUAACAUUACAAUUUUGAGACCGGACGUAUUGGGGCGAGUUUCGAAAGACGUAGACAUUGAUGUACAGCCAGUAGACAGUUUAUUACGGACAGUAACCGGUGAAACAACACCAGUACAAAGUCGUGGUAAGCUCGCUUUUCAAGUUGGAAAUUUGAAAGUCGUACAUGAUGUAUGGAUUGCAGAUGUCGAGAACGAGUGUAUUUUGGGACUAGACUUUCUGAUUUCGAAUGACUGUGUUGUUGAUGUACAAGAAUCCUGUUUGCGUAUUGGCCCAGAAGAAAUUCGAUUCAAGGGGAUGACAGCCACAAAGAAAUCAGUUUGUCGCAGAGUGAUGGUUGCUGAAACAUGGUUGGUUCCACCGAAGAGCGAAGCGAUAACUCCAGGAAUGCUGGACGGUGAUGGUAGUUCUGAAGAAGGUUGGGGAGAAAUCAGCCCUAGCAAGGAACCAGGAUUGUCCAGUGAUAUUCUCGUAGCAAGGACGGUUGUAGAUAUUCGUAAGCCCAUAUUUGCUGUAAGAGUGUUAAACAUGUCGGAUGAUGAACGAAUAGUCCGUGAAGGUACAGAUGUUGCUAGUUGUGAAAUCAUCGACAGUGUGACCGUGGUGGGGAAGACUGAGCUUGGAAGUCGUGAAGCGAGUGAUGAGUUACCUGAAGUGGUAAAGAAGCUUUAUGACCGUAGUUCCGGAGGUUUGGACGAUUCACAAAAGAGUCAGUUGUAUUCGUUGCUGGUGGAAUUUAAAGAUGUGUUUUCAGAAAGUUCAGGUGACAUAGGGAGAACAUCUUUAACUUCACACAAGAUUGACACUGGUAACCAAAAACCGAUCAAACAACAACCGCGGCGUCUACCACUGGCGAAGGUGGACAUUGCACAAGAGGCGAUUAAAGGAAUGCAUGAGCAAGGAAUUAUCGAACCUUCAAGCAGCCCCUGGACAGCGCCUAUUGUCUUGGUGAAGAAGAAGGACGGCACAAACAGGUUCUGCGUUGAUUACAGAAAGUUGAAUGAUGUGACGAAGAAAGAUUCCUACCCGCUCCCUCGAAUCGAUACGACACUUGACGCGUUAGCUGGCUCGAAGUGGUUUUCAACUCUGGACAUGAAGAGUGGUUAUUGGCAGGUGGACUUGGAACAAUGUGACAAAGAAAAAACGGC